CACCCUUGCAGCGGGAGUUGCGGCGGCCACGCUCGUUCGGUCGAUCGCUCAUCGCGAACGACUCUUUGAAAUGCAUCUUCCAACACCACUCCGAACUCCAUCCACAUUCACGUGUAUCAUCGGCACGCCAAUACACAAUCCACUCACUGUCACCAAACACGUCACGAUACCGAUGAAAUUCAAGCCGCGGCCGGGCGCUCUUCACCCACCGUGAUACGCACUCGGAACGUGCCGCAUUUUCAAUUUCAACACAUCGACGACAAACACCUAAUGUUUCGUAGGCACGGACCAAUGCGACAGUCGGCCUCGGGCGCGGACUGGCGCGCGAUGCGAACGGCCGUCGCCGCCGCCUCCGCCGCGAGACCGGACCUCGCGUCUCGGGGGCGAGGAUGCGGGAAUCGGCUUCGGCGCAAUACCCGUCACGAAAAUAAUAGGAACAGCGAGUGCACCUCAGAGGCGCGACGCGACGCGGUCGGUGCGAGCGAGACGCGGAUAAACACCAGACUGUUUACUUACGGUGUUCGAGCGCGGGGCUGCGUGGCGGGGUGA